AUGAAUGUGUCGGAUCGGGCAAAGGCGGUGGCAGGUGCCGUCCCAGCUCCCCUGGGGAGUCCGGCGAGCCCCCGACGUGCCACCUGCUGGCGCUUCCUUCUGCCCAGCUGCGCCUGUGCCUUUUUGCUCCAGUUUGUUCAUGAACGGAAAACACCACGUGUUAACACGCGCGAUUCGCUGAGCUCAGACACGGACACACCCACGGAGCCCUCGCCUCCCCCUGUCCGGACAGCCAGCAGCAUCGGCCCAGAGCCUCCGCCUGCCCCCGGCCCCUCCCCUGCUCGAAUUUCUCGACAGCCAGGUGGCAGGGAUGGGACGGGAGGCUCCUUCUCCUCUCAGCCUUGUCUUGGGCUGGGCCUGCCUGUCUGUCCUCCCAUCCCUGGCUUCCUCCUCCAACACCCACGGGCACGUCUCUGUGCAGUCGCCAGGGACGCCCUAAGAUUACUUCCUGGAAAUGGGACCCCUGAGCGAGGAGUCGCUUCUGGUCAGAUCUGGCGAUGUUCCCAUCCGGCGAAGUGCCUGCACCCCCGAACCCCAGGCCCACCCACAGCAACACUCUUCCCGCCCCCGUGUCCGCAGAACGUCAGGAGGAGCCCCCAGCUCCGGGCUCUGAGGUACAGCUCCACUGGGUCCAGGGAGGCCUCUCCAGCCACCUGUGUGGCCCUUCCCCUGUGUCUCAUCCUGGUCCUAACGCUGUGACUGGUGUCUUCCUGAAAAGAGGAGAUAGACGCAGAGCCUCGGGGAAGGCGGCCUCGCGAUGACAGAGGCAGAGACAGGAGGGAUGUGGCCAAGACAAGGGACACCGGGGCCCCCAGACACUCGAAGAGGCAAGAAGGACCCUCCCCUGGAGCUGCCAGAGGGAGGUGGCCCUAUGACACCUGACUUCAGACUUCUGGCCUCCAGAGUUGCAGGAGUGUAUGUUUAUCGUGUUUGAAGCACCCCCGG